AUGGACCCAUCUGAUCCCGAUUUCGAAUUCCUCGGUGUCGACCGAAAAGCCCUUCUCAAAGAAGCUGAACAAGGUUCCUUCGACUCCAAGUCUGUAGCUUGGGUUGAAGAUGAGAAGGAGGGUUAUGUCAUGGCUGAUAUUGUGGAGACUAGCGGUGAUAGCGUCACUGUCAAACUCAAGGAUGGAAAUACCAAACAAAUCAAGAAGGAUGACCUUCAGCAGGUCAACCCUCCCAAAUUCACCAUGGCUGAGGAUAUGGCUGAUUUGACUUACCUUAAUGAUGCCUCUGUCUUGGAAAAUUUGAGAGCCCGCUAUUACCACAAGCUUAUCUACACCUAUUCGGGCCUCUUCUGUGUAGCUGUCAACCCUUACAAGAGGUACCCAAUUUACACCUAUGAGGUCGCCAUGAAGUACAAGGGCAAGAGGCGUGCAGAAAUGCCACCUCACUUGUUCUCCAUCUCUGACAAUGCCUACCAUAGCAUGUUGGCUGAUCGUGAAAAUCAAUCCAUCUUGAUUACUGGUGAAUCUGGUGCUGGUAAGACUGAGAAUACGAAGAAGGUUAUUUCCUACUUCGCUUUCGUCACCGCUAACCCCAGCAAGAAAGGUGAGGAAGUUGAGAAGAAAGGUAGCUUGGAGGACCAGAUUGUCCAAGCUAACCCUCUCUUGGAAGCCUAUGGUAACGCCAAGACCAACCGAAAUAACAAUAGUUCCCGAUUCGGUAAAUUCAUUCGUAUUCAUUUCGGUACCACGGGAAAAAUUGCUGGAGCUGAUAUCGAGUUCUAUCUGUUGGAGAAAUCUCGUGUCACUUCUCAAAUGAAGGGAGAGCGUAACUUUCACAUUUUCUACCAACUGCUCUCCGACUUCGGUAAAAAAUACCACGACAAGCUUCUCGUGGCUGCUGACCCUGCACUCUACUCAUUCAUUAACCAGGGUGAAUUGACUAUUGAGGGCGUUGAUGAUUCUGAAGAAAUGAAGCUCACCGAUGAAGCUAUUGACAUCUUGGGCUUCACCAACGAGGAGAGAAUGUCUCUUUACAAGUGCACCACCUCUGUUAUCAACAUGGGUGAGAUGAAAUUCAAGCAGCGACCACGUGAAGAACAGGCUGAAGCUGAUGGUACUGCUGAGGCUGAAAAGGUUGCCUUCUUAUUGGGUGUCAACGCCAAGGAUUUGCUCAACUCCUUCCUUAAACCGAAAGUCAAGGUCGGUAAUGAGUUCGUUACUAAGGGUCAGAACUUGGAUCAAGUCAACUUUGCCGUCAACGCCUUGGCUAAGUCCCUUUACUCACGUCUUUUCACUUGGCUCGUCUAUCGUGUGAACAAGACUCUUGACACCAAAGUCAAGCGCCAAUACUUCAUUGGUGUCCUGGAUAUCGCCGGUUUCGAAAUCUUCGAUGAGAACGGCUUCGAACAAAUUUGCAUCAACUACACAAACGAACGUCUUCAACAAUUCUUCAACCACCACAUGUUCGUCCAAGAACAAGAAGAAUAUAAGAAGGAGAAUAUUCAGUGGACAUUCAUUGAUUUCGGUAUGGACUUGCAAGCCUGUAUCGAUCUCAUUGAAAAGCCAAUGGGUAUCAUGUCCAUUCUUGAAGAAGAAUGUAUGUUCCCGAAGGCCACUGACCAAACUUUCAAGCAAAAACUGUACGACAACCAUCUUGGAAAGAGCCCCAACUUCGCAAAGCCCAAGCCACCAAAGGCUGGUCAGAAAGAAGCUCACUUCGAGCUUCACCAUUAUGCCGGUUCUGUACCUUACAACAUUACCGGUUGGUUGGAUAAAAACAAGGAUCCAUUGAACGACACCGUCGUUACCCUUCUUCAGGAAUCCAAAGAGUCUUUGGUUGCUCAAAUGUUUGCUCCUCCAGAAGAUGGAACAAAGAAAAAGAAGUCAAGCUCUUUCAUGACUGUUACUUACACCCAUCGGGAGUCUUUGAACAAACUCAUGAAGAACUUAAUGAGCACAAGCCCAAGCUUCAUUCGUUGCAUUGUGCCCAACGAAUUCAAACAACCUGGUGUCAUUGAUGCUCACCUGGUUCUCCAUCAGCUCCACUGUAACGGUGUUCUUGAAGGCAUCCGUAUUUGUCGCAAGGGCUUCCCGAACAGAAUGGUCUACUCUGAAUUCAAGCAGCGCUACUCCAUUCUCGCUCCUAAUGUUAUUCCUGCUGGUUUUGUUGAUGGCAAACAGGUCACGGAGAAAAUUCUCGAUGCUUGCCAGCUAUCAAAGGAUAGCUAUCAGUGCGGUAACACCAAGGUCUUCUUCAAAGCUGGUACUCUGGCCGAGUUAGAAGAUAUGCGUGAUGAGAAAUUGAGCAAGAUUAUCUCCAACUUCCAAGCCCAAAUUCGUGGCUAUCUUAUGCGUAAGGAAUACAAAAAACUGCAAGAUCAACGAACAGCUCUUGCUCUCAUCCAGCGCAACAUUCGUAAGUACCUGAUGUUGCGUACUUGGCCAUGGUGGAGACUUUACACCAAGGUCAAGCCUAUGCUCAACAUUGCCCGUCAAGAGGAGGAGAUGAAGAAAGCUGCUGAAGAGUUGGCAAAGAUGAAGGAAGAGUUCGAAAAGCUCGAGAAACUCAAGAAGGAAUUAGAGGAACAGAAUGUGACUCUCCUUCAACAGAAGAAUGACAUCUUCCUUCAACUCCAAACCGAGCAGGACAACUUGGCUGACUCAGAAGAGAAGGUUUCAAAGUUGAUCCUCCAGAAGGCUGACAUGGAACAACAAAUCAAGGAGUUCGAAGAGCGCUUGAAUGAUGAGGAGGAUUCCAACAGGAACUUGGAAGAAUCCAAGAGAAAGCUUGCAGCUGAGAUUGAUGAACUCAAGAAGGACGUUGAAGAUCUGGAAAGCACUCUCCAAAAGGCUGAACAAGAAAAGCAGGCCAAGGAUAAUCAGAUCAAGCAACUUCAGAGUGAGAUGCAACAACAAGAGGACCAAAUUGCCCGUGUCAAUAAGGAGAAAAAAGCCCUCGAGGAGCAAAACAAACGUACCACUGAGGCCCUCCAAGCUGAGGAAGACAAAGUCAAUCACCUCAACAAGCUUAAAGCCAAACUUGAAUCAACUCUCGAUGAGAUGGAAGAGAAUUUGGCCCGUGAACAAAAGAUCCGCGGAGAUGUCGAGAAAUCCAAGAGGAAGCUUGAAGGUGAUCUGAAAGCCACUCAGGAGACUGUUGAUGACCUUGAGCGUGUUAAACGCGACCUUGAGGAACAACUCCGCCGCAAGGAUGCUGAAAUUGCCAAUAUGGGAGGCAAGUCCGAGGAAGACCAGGGCUUGAUCAAUCAACUCCAACGCAAGAUCAAGGAACUUCAGGCUCGCAUUGCUGAGCUUGAAGAAGACCUCGAAGCUGAGCGGGCUGCUCGCAGCAAGGCUGAGAAGGCCCGUCAACAGCUCGAGGCAGAGCUUGAUGAAGUUUCUGACCGCCUUGAAGAACAAGGUGGCGCCACCGCUGCUCAAGUGGAUCUCAACAGAAAACGUGAAGCUGAGAUGGUUAAGCUGAAGCGUGAUCUUGAAGAGGCUCGCAUUCAGAAUGAGCAACAAGUCCAGUCCCUCCGAAAGAAGCAAGCCGACGCUAUCAACGAAGUAACUGACCAACUCGACCAGGCCAACAAGCUUAAGGCUAAGGUUGAGAAGGAGAAAGCAGACCUCAAAGCCGAGUGCGAUGAUCUCCAAGGUCAGGUUGCAAAUCUCGCCAAGCAGAAGAUGAAUGCUGAGAAGAAUUGGAAGACUUGCGAGUCUCAAAUUGCUGAACUGCAGGCUCGUCUUGAUGAAGCCUCCCGCCAGAGCAGUGAUAUUGGCUCCCAAAAAGCACGUCUCUCACAAGACGUUACUGAGCUCCAACGCCAAUUGGAAGAAGCCGAAUCCCAAGUUGGUCAACUCACUAAAGCCAAGCAACAACUUGCAUCUCAACUUGAGGAAGCGCGCAGAAACCUUGAUGAAGAGACACGUGCCAAGUCCAAGUUGACCUCUGAGGUUCGAAACCUAAGCUCAGAUCUCGAUGCUCUCCGUGAAUCCCUUGAAGAAGAACAAUCCGCCAAGUCUGACAUGCAACGCCAGAUUCAGAAACUCCAGAAUGAGAUUGCUGCUGGUGUUGGCAAGGGACAAGGCGAUAUCAAGAACGAGGAAUUCGAGGAGAUGAAGCGCCGACUCACUGCUAAGUUGCAGGAAGCUGAAAGCGAAGCCGAUUCUGCCAAGCAGAAGUGUAGUCAAUUGGAGAAAGUCAAAGCUAGACUACAGGGUGAGAUUGAGGACUUGAUGGUUGAUGUUGAACGUGCCAAUGGCCUCGCCAGCCAACUUGAGAAGAAGCAGAAGAACUUCGAUAAGACCCUUGGUGAGUGGCAACAGAAGUAUGCUGACUCUCAAGCCGAGUUGGAGAAUGCUCAACGAGAAGGACGUGGCUACUCUACCGAUGUCUUCCGUUUGAAGGCUCAACUUGAAGAAGCUCAUGACCAAAUCGAGGCUGUUCGACGCGAGAACAAAAAUCUGUCUGAUGAGAUCCAUGACUUGACCGAACAACUCGGAGAAGGUGGCCGUUCAGUCCAUGAGGCUGACAAGGCCCGCAAACGCCUUGAGAUGGAGAAGGAAGAACUCCAAGCUGCUCUAGAGGAAGCCGAAUCCGCUUUGGAACAAGAGGAGGCCAAAGUGCAACGAGCCGCCCUUGAGCUUUCUCAAGUUCGUUCUGAAAUUGACCGUCGUUUGGCUGAAAAAGAGGAGGAAUUCGAAGCCACUCGCAAGAAUCACCAACGUGCAAUUGAAAGCAUGCAGGCUUCUCUUGAGGCUGAGGUUAAGGGCAAGGCCGAUGCUAUGCGCAUGAAGAAGAAACUCGAACAAGACAUCAAUGAACUCGAAGUCGCUCUCGACUCUGCCAACCGCGGUCGUGCCGAGAUGGAAAAGAACUCCAAGAAAUUCCAACAGCAAGUGAGAGAGAUGGAGAGCCAAUUGGAGGAUGAACAACGCAAUCGCGAAGAGCUGAGAGAGAACGCUGCCACCGCUGAAAGACGUGCUCAAAUGUUAGCUGGAGAGUUGGAGGACAUUCGUACACACUUGGAAGCCUCUGAACGAGCCCGCAAAGCUGCUGAAUCCGAGAGAGCUGAAGCCGCUGAUAGGGCUUCCGAACUCUCUGCUCAAGCGGCUUCCUUCGCUGCCAUGAAGCGCAAGAUGGAGGCUGAUUUGGCUGCCAUGCAGGCUGACCUUGAGGAGGCUGCCAAUGAAGCUAAACAAGCCGACGAGCGUGCCAAGAAAGCCAUGGCUGACAGCGCUCGUGUCUUCGAGGAAGUUCGUCAAGAACAGGAACACACCCAACAUGUUGAGAAGGCUCGCAAGCAAGCUGAGCAGCAAGUCAAGGAACUCCAAGUUCGUCUUGAGGAAGCUGAGGCAAAUGCCAUGAAGGGAGGCAAGAAGGCUCUCAGCAAACUCGAACAACGUGUUCGUGAAUUGGAGACUGAGUUGGAUGCUGAACAACGCAGACAUGGUGAGACCCAGAAGAACUAUCGCAAGAUUGAUCGCAGAUUGAAGGAGGUCUCUAUGCAGGCUGAGGAGGACAAAAAGAACUACGACCGCAUGCAAGAGUUGGUUGACCAACUUCAGGGCAAGAUCAAGACCUACAAACGCCAGGUUGAAGAGGCUGAAGAAAUCGCCGCUGUCAAUCUCGCCAAAUACCGCAAGAUUCAGCACGAAGUCGAAGAUGCUGAGGAGAGAGCCGAUCAAGCAGAGCAGGCUCUCCAGAAACUCCGGGCUAAGAACCGCUCUUCUGUCUCCAUGUCACGUGGUCCAAGUGCAGCCCCUGGUGCUGGUGGUGCUCGCACUGCUAACGCCCAUACUUCUCGUGUCCGAGUUAUGGCCUCCGUCACAAACAAUGAAGAGGAGUAA